UGACCUAGUGGUUAUUUCCUCUCAGUGGGAACUGACUUUAACAGUGUAAAUGUAGUGUAACUUCGAGCUAACGCUAGUUAUUUAGCCGCUGCUAUGGCUGAAAAUGUAACGCCCGCGCGCAGGGGAUUUCUGGACUUCAGUCCCGGCAAGAAAGACAAAGAAAACAAGGAAAACCAUCUCCCUGUUCUGAGUUUGAUCCAGUUUUCCAAACCUCCAUUUGUAAGUUUUGGUUUAGUAAAGUUGGGAACCUCGAAGUCGGCUUUACUGCGCAUCGAGAAUCCUACCCAGGAUGCACCGGCGGAGGUGACCGUGGAUCGACUCUCGUCCAGUAAAGGCUUUUCUGUGGACCACAAAACCUUCACAAUCCAGCCUGAAGGCUCGUUCAUACUGACAGUAACUUGGACUCCGACAGAUGAAGGGGGGGCCAGGGAGCUCAUCAUCUUCAAUGCCAAUGGGGUCCUCAAGCACCAAGCUGUCUUGCUUGGGAGAGCAGAAGCACAGAAAAAGAAAAAAAAAAGCUUAUGGGAUAAAAUCAAAAACAAAAGAGAUGGGGAGAAACUGCCCAGACAAAAAAACCCUCAAACACCACUGAAGAUGAAGGCCAGUAAAACCAUCCAAGUGUCUCGAAAUCAGCAGUACAAACGGGACAAUUCCCGCAGCCCACUCGCCUCAAUAAAUGAGGGCGUAGCACCCGGAGAGGGAGAUCUGUCCAAGCUUGGUCAAGUUGAAAAUGAAAUGUCACGGAAGACCUUGCAUCCGUAUGCUUUAUCUGUGCAGGAGAAUGUCGCCCAUGAGCAGAACUCGCCUGUAGUGCUGCUUGUCCCAGCCGGAAAGCUGAUGGGCUGUGGGAACCCACCUGUUAGCCCAGAUGCUUUGCUGGAUAAACCCGGGAACAAAAAUCUUAUCAAAGUGCUUAACAGGACACUGUCGCCAAUUGGAACGCCAGAAAGAUUGAAGACGCUUAUGCCUUUUAUUCAGACCAUUGAAAGCCCCAUUCCUACUGAAGAACAGGUGUGUUUAGAACCUCUAGUUCUGUCUGUGAGCGAUGCUCUGACCCUGAUUGGCUCUGACCUGGGCACCUUAAAUUCCAGUCCUCGAGACACAAGUUCUUGUUGUAGUUUUUCAGAUUCACUGGAGUCUAAGAGUGGCAGUAAGCGCUGCACGCGUGACAAAUACAUGCUCAAAGCAAUUCCCGUGAGUCCCAAACAAAGUGAAACAAACGAACCAAGACUCACAUUCUUUGUCAGAAAAAGUGGUUUGAGCAAUGUUGAAGCUGCUUCAGAGGUUGAUGAGCCUGUGCAAAAAGGGAAGAAGACUACUUUUACUUCUGCUACAGUGACAAAGUGCAGAGCAGCAGAGGAUGUCAAUCGAUCCAAUGGAAGGAAAAUAAAGAAAUCAAGGCGAAGACUUUUGGAGAACACGCUGGAGCUGUGUGAUGGCAGCAGUCAGAGCGAUUCUGGACCAGGCACUCCUGGACUUCCAGUCAUAGAUGUGGACUUGAGAACCAAGCGAGUGCAGAACUCUGAGACAUUCGGCUCCCCGUGUGAUGCAGGACACAGAGCCCAGGAGUCCAGCUCCUGCUGUUCAAUGGCAGGGCUUGAUGUCUCUCUUCCACCUGCUGCAUUUCCUGUCACUUCCUCUCCAUCUGCAGGACCUGGUCCCCUCACACUCCCAUCCGCUACUCCACCCCUCGCCGUCCACACUGUCAUGUUUACACUCACUGCUCCACCGCCUUUGGACCCUCCCUUUCCUCAGCAGAAACCAUCAAACUCAAAUGCGUGUGGGCCAAACGCCAGAGUUUCUCCCCCUGUGCUAGCAUCGUCACCCACGUCUGAACAACAGAACUUAUUCCCUGUUCACUUGGUAAUUAAGAACAAGAAGAGGAAGAGUGAAGAGUACAUGAGAAGCGACGGGAAGACAGAGGAUGUUGGGAAAACUGCGCGGGUUAAAAGGAGUCGGGUACAAGCUGGAAGAACUGGACCAAAUAGAUCGGCGCAGGAGAGGAGAGUAUCACAGAAACACCAGCAAAAAACAGCAGGAUCAAUCCGGUCAGUGUCUGCAUUAUCUUCAAAGUCUUCAGUCCCUGCCCAAGCCAAGCAGCUGGGCUCCAAACACUCCUCACGAGGUGGCCAGCCUCCAAAGUCAUGUGGGACGCCAUCUGUGAGGACGGUUAAAAUCGUUGCUGUAGCGCAGUCAAAGCUGACUUUUGUUAAACCAACACAAACAGCCAUUCCGAGACACCCGAUGCCGUUUGCUGCCAAGAACAUGUUUUACGAUGAGCGGUGGAUUGAGAAACAGGAGAGGGGUUUCACCUGGUGGAUCAACUAUGUGCUGACUCCAGAUGACUUUAAAGUCAGCACUGAAGUCACCAAAGUCAGUGCCAUGUCUCUCGUCACGGGCAGCGACAGCAAGUUUGAAGUCCCCAAAGCGCCAACCAAAGAGGAGAUGUCUUUCAGCACCUACACAGCUCGCUGUAAGCUGAACCGCCUACGUCGUUCAGCCUGCCAGCUGUUUACAUCUGAGGCCAUGGCCAAGGCCAUUCAGAGGCUGGAGCUCGAGGUGGAGGCCAAGAGGCUGCUCGUCCGGAAGGAUCGCCAUCUUUGGAAGGACAUAGGUGAACGACAGAAAAUUCUCAACUGGCUUCUUUCAUAUAAUCCGCUGUGGUUACGGAUUGGGCUUGAGACAAUAUUUGGCGAGUUGAUCUCACUGGAGAGCAACAGCGACGCCAUGGGCCUGGCCGUCUUCAUUCUUCAGCGGCUGCUCUGGAACCCAGACAUUGCUGCUGAGUUCAGACACCCUAAAGUUCCUCACCUUUACAGAGAGGGCCAUGAGGAGGCACUGUCUCGCUUUACUCUGAAAAAGCUCAUCUUGCUUGUGUGUUUCUUGGACAAAGCCAAAGAGUCCCGAUUGAUUGAGCACAACCCCUGUCUGUUCUGUAUGGAUGCAGAAUUUAAGACUAGCAAAGACCUGCUGUUGGCCUUUGCCAGAGACUUUCUGAGCGGCGAGGGGAUCCUGCCUCGACACCUCAGCUACCUGGGGUUACCAGUGUCUCAUGUUCAAACCCCUCUUGAUGAGUUCAACUUUGCUGUGAAGAAUCUGGCCGUCGAUUUGAAGUGCGGGAUUCGUCUGGUGCGUGUGUUGGAGGUCCUCAUCCAGGACUGGAGCUUAUCGUCGAAGCUCCGUCUGCCCACUAUAAGCCGCCUCCAGAAGGUCCAUAAUGUCGACGUUGUGCUGCAGGUGCUCAGACACAAAGCGGUCAGUCUCAAGGAUGAACACGGCUGCAUCAUCGAUUCCAGAGACAUUGUGGAUGGACACAGAGAAAAAACGCUGAGCCUCCUGUGGAAAGUCAUCUUUACGUUUCACGUGGAUGUUAUUUUGGACGAGCAUCAGCUGAGGGAGGAGAUCGGCUUCCUGAAGAGGUCGCUGAGGAUCAAACGGAGGCUGGCAGCUCUGAAGGCUGAUCGAGUCAUCCAGCCGAGUCCAGCAAAGACGACAGUUCUGUAUGAACACAGCAGUGUCAAGAUGACCUUGCUGAUGGGCUGGGCCCGUGCUGUGUGUGCAUUCUACAAUCUACAAGUAGAGAACUUCACAGUGGCCUUCUCAGAUGGCCGCGUCCUCUGUUACCUGAUCCACCACUACCACCCGGGUCUACUGCCGGAGCAUGACAUCAGCCACAGCACCACGCAGACCGUCGAGUGCUCGCCGAGGGGUCGGCUGGAGCUCAACUGCUCAUCCAGCGACUCGGAUGUUUCCUUUGACUCUUUGCCAAAAGGCCAAAAUGAGACAGAGUCUCCAGCUCUGCAGUUUAAAGAGCUCCUGGACAAUGAGAGCAACAACUUCAGAUUAGUUAACACCGCUGUGGCUUUCCUGGGUGGCGUUCCUGCCAUGAUCAACGUUGCCGACAUGUCCAACACCAUCCCGAAUGAGAAGGUGGUAAUGUCUUACCUGUCCUUCCUCUGUGUUCGUCUUCUGGACUUGCGUAACGAAACCAGAGCAGCGCGGAUCAUUCAGGGGGCCUGGAGGAAGUACAGGCUGAUGAAAGAUCUCCAACUCUAUCAGGAAAGAAACACUGCGGCCUUGAAAAUCCAGUUGGCUGUGCGGAAGUUUCUACAGAGACGCAGAGCUAAAAGGAAGAUUUGGGCGUUAAUCACUAUCCAGUCAUUCUGGAGGGGGUACAUGGUCCGAAAAGCACUGAGGCUGAACAGAGAAGCUAAACUCCGUGCUUUACAACACAGUGCAGCAACUGUCAUCCAAGCUAACUGGAGAAUGUUUUUGGCUUUGAGGGCAUACCAACGCCUCAGAUAUUACGCCAUUGUUGUCCAAGCACAGUGGCGAUUGCGGAUGUCAGCAGCUGCUUAUGGAAAAGUCCGCCGGGCAGCGGUGGUUUUUCAGAGGCGUUUACGUGCGUUGGCCCAUGCUAGACGACAGCGGGAACAUUAUCUUGCUCUCAGAAACGCGGUGGUGAAAAUCCAGAGGGGUUACAGAAGAUGGAAAUCUCGCAAAGCGGCGGUGGAGAACCGCGCUGCCAGAGUGAUACAAGCUGUGAUUCAGAAAUGGUACAGACAAAAAAUGACCACCAAACAUUCUGCUGCCGUCAGGAUUCAGUCUUGGUACAAAAUGCAGAAACACCGUCAUCAAUACAGAAAGCUGAAACGAAGCACUGUGCUCGUUCAAGCCCGCUGCAGAGGUUGUGUGCAGAGACGCCGUUUUGAGUUGAUGAAGCUGCAGCAGCGCUCGGCUGUUGUCAUCCAGAGUGCCUUCAGAGGACACGCUGUAAGAAAGCAGGUAGCACAGAUGAAGCGUGCUGCAGUCAUAAUCCAGCAGUGGUUUAGGGAAUCCGUGAAAACGCACACAGAAAGACGAGCAUUCGUUCAGAUGAGGUGCGCAGCUAUUACCAUACAGGCUGCGUAUCGUGGGAAAGUGGCUCGGGAGCUGCUGGCAGGUCGUCAUAAAGCAGCAACGCUGAUCCAGGCUGCCUUCAGGAGGUUUGCCACCCGAAGGCACUUCCUUGCUGUGAGAAAAUCCGCCGCCGUGAUACAAGAAGUGUACAGAGCCACACUUCUGGCUCGUAAGACAAAACAGGAGUAUGAUGCUCUCAGGAAUGCUGCAGUCAGUGUACAGGCGUGCUGGAGAGGGCGAGCUAGUCGGAAAAGGAUACGAAAGUGGCAUGAGUGUGCGACACUUAUACAGGCCUGCUACCAUAAGCACAAAGUACAAGCAGAGUACAGGUCAAAGAGGGCAGCCGCUAUAAUCCUACAGUGUCACCUCAGAGCGUACGUGGCAGGAAAAGUAGUGAGAAAAGAAUUUGUCCAGAUGAAGGCUGCUUGUGUUGUUCUCCAAGCAGGAUUCAGAGGCACAAGAGUCAGAAUAGAGCUGAAGAAAAAACGCCAGGCAGCAAUACGCAUUCAGUCUAAAGUGAGAAUGUUUUUGUGCAGGAAGCAAUACUUUCUCCUCCAAAGUGCAGCAAUUAUCAUCCAGUGUAGAUACAGGGCUCUCCUGGUGAGCAGGAUGCAACACGAUGAGUACAGACGGCUGAAGCAAGCUGCCAUAAAGAUACAAGCAGCCUACCGAGGAGUGAGAGCAAGACAAGAGUUACAGAAGAGGCACAAUGCUGCCACAGUAAUCCAAGCUGGGUUCAGGAUGCACAGAAUGCGUAUGGCUUACCUCGCCGCCAAGUGUGCUGCAUUAAUUAUCCAGCAGCAUUACUGGGCGAGAAAGCUAGGAGAUCAACAGCGACAGAGAUACAAGACUAUGAAGUGUGCUGCUGUAAUCAUCCAGGCGGCAUAUCGUGGGUACAGAGUGAGAAAGGAGGUUGCACAAAUGCACACAGCUGCCACAUUAAUUCAGAGAAGGUUUCUCGCAAUUCAGGAGAGAAAGCGAUUCCAAGCUCUUAAGGCAGCAGCUUUGGUUUGUCAGCAGAGGUACCGGGCAAAAACAACCCGCCUGGGCUACCUGUUAAAGCGCCGUGCAGUCACCCGCCUGCAGGCGGCCUACAGAGGAUAUGAGGUCAGAAAACAGUUGCGUGUUGAACGUACAGCCGCCGUAACGAUUCAGUCUCAUUUCCGAAAGUACCAGCAGAGAACUCACUACAUGAGGCUCCGUUGGGCGGCUGGUGUGCUGCAGACACAUUACAGAGCCCAGAGACAAGCGAGAGACGAGAUGAAAGCUUUCAGCGCAAAAAGACACGCUGCUGUUGUCUUACAAGCUGCUUUCCGUGGAAUGAAAUGCAGACGAAUCAUGAGAAUGAGACGGCAUGCUGCCUUUGUGAUCCAGAGAACCUACAGAGCUCACUGCCAACGCAAGAGAUACCUGGUCUUAAGGUCCUCUGUCCUCAACAUCCAGAGACGAUAUCGAGCUUCUGUAGCAGCCAAAGUCCAAAAGAAACAAUACAUGCAAGUACGCAGGGCAACCAUCGUACUUCAGGCAGCCUUUAGGAGUCAGCAGGUCAGAAAGGAAGUUGCAUGUUGGCAUCGUGCUGCCACUGUGAUUCAGUCGGCAUUCAGGAAGCACAGAGAGGAAGUAAAAUUCCAGGCCAUGCGCUGUUCUGCCGUUAUCAUCCAGAGAUUCUAUCGAGUCUGUGUCCUUCAGAGACAAGAGAGGGAAAAGUUCCUGAAAGCAAAACACUCUGCCGUCGUCCUUCAGGCAGCUUUCAGAGGUCAUCAUGUGCGACGUAACAUAGCCAAGAUGCACAGAGCCGCUUCUGUCAUUCAGGCAAACUUUAAGAUGCAUAAAGCGCUCUCGGUCUACAGAAGGCUACACUGGGCAGCUUGUGUGUUACAGAGAAGGUUCAGAGCUCAGACGCAGAGAAAUAUGGAGCUCAAGAAAUAUCAACACGUCAGAAAAGCUGUCAUCAAACUACAAGCUGCAUAUUGUGGCAUGAAAACACGGCAGAAUAUCAAGAAACACCACCAAGCUGCUGCUGUUAUCCAGAGAGCCUACAGAGCUCACUGCCAACGCAAGAGAUACCUGAUCUUAAGGUCCUCUGUCCUCAACAUCCAGAGACGAUAUCGAGCUUCUGUAGCAGCCAAAGUCCAAAAGAAACAAUACCUGCAAGUACGCAGGGCAACCAUCGUACUUCAGGCAGCCUUUAGGGGUCUGCAGGUCAGAAAGGAGGUUGCACAUUGGCGUCGUGCUGCCACUGUGAUUCAGUUGGCAUUCAGGAAGCACAGAGAGGAAGUAAAAUUCCAGGCCAUGCGCUGUUCUGCCAUUAUCAUCCAGAGAUUCUAUCGAGCCUGUGUCCUUCAGAGACAAGAGAGGGAAAAGUUCCUGAAAGCAAAACACUCUGCCGUCGUCCUUCAGGCAGCUUUCAGAGGUCAUCAUGUGCGACGUAACAUAGCCAAGAUGCACAGAGCCGCUUCUGUCAUUCAGGCAAACUUUAAGAUGCAUAAAGCGCUCUCGGUCUACAGAAGGCUACACUGGGCAGCUUGUGUGUUACAGAGAAGGUUCACAGCUCAGACACAGAGAAAUAUGGAGCUCAAGAAAUAUCAACACGUCAGAAAAGCUGUCAUCAAACUACAAGCUGCAUAUCGUGGCAUGAAAACACGGCAGAAUAUCAAGAAACACCACCAAGCUGCUGCUGUUAUCCAGAGAGCCUACAGAGCUCACUGCCAAUGCAAGAGAUACCUGGUCUUAAGGUCCUCUGUCCUCAACAUCCAGAGACGAUAUCGAGCUUCUGUAGCAGCCAAAGUCCAAAAGAAACAAUACCUGCAAGUACGCAGGGCAACCAUCGUACUUCAGGCAGCCUUUAGGGGUCUGCAGGUCAGAAAGGAGGUUGCACGUUGGCAUCGUGCUGCCACUGUGAUUCAGUCGGCAUUCAGGAAGCACAGAGAGGAAGUAAAAUUCCAGGCCAUGCGCUGUUCUGCCGUUAUCAUCCAGAGAUUCUAUCGAGCCUGUGUCCUUCAGAGACAAGAGAGGGAAAAGUUCCUGAAAGCAAAACACUCUGCUGUCGUCCUUCAGGCAGCUUUCAGAGGUCAUCAUGUGCGACGUAACAUAGCCAAGAUGCACAGAGCCGCUUCUGUCAUUCAGGCAAACUUUAAGAUGCAUAAAGCGCUCUCGGUCUACAGAAGGCUACACUGGGCAGCUUGUGUGUUACAGAGAAGGUUCACAGCUCAGACACAGAGAAAUAUGGAGCUCAAGAAAUAUCAACGCGUCAGAAAAGCUGUCAUCAAACUACAAGCUGCAUAUCGUGGCAUGAAAACACGGCAGAAUAUCAAGAAACACCACCAAGCUGCUGCUGUUAUCCAGAGAGCCUACAGAGCUCACUGCCAAUGCAAGAGAUACCUGGUCUUAAGGUCCUCUGUCCUCAACAUCCAGAGACGAUAUCGAGCUUCUGUAGCAGCCAAAGUCCAAAAGAAACUAUACCUGCAAGUACGCAGGGCAACCAUCGUACUUCAGGUAGCCUUUAGGGGUCAGCACGUCAGGAAGGAGGUUGCACGUUGGCAUCGUGCUGCCACUGUGAUUCAGUCGGCUUUCAGGAAGCACAGAGAGGAAGUAAAAUUCCAGGCCAUGCGCUGUUCUGCCGUUAUCAUCCAGAGAUUCUAUCGAGCCUGUGUCCUUCAGAGACAAGAGAGGAGAAAGUUCCUGAAAGCAAAACACUCUGCAGUCAUCCUUCAGGCAGCUUUUAGAAGCUGGCAGGUGAGGAGACAACUUGGUCAACAGCAUCGAGCUGCCACGUUGAUCCAGUCACACUGGAGAUGUUGGGUGCAGAGGCGUACCUUUGAGAGAAUGAGAUGGGCAGCGGUGACGCUGCAGCGGAGGGUUCAGGCACUGCAGCUUGGCAGGAUGGAGAGGCACAAGUACACCCGAUUGAGGCAGGCAGCCAUCAUUCUGCAGACACACUGGAGAGCCUGGAUCCCAAAGCAACAGGUACUAGAAGCAGUCAAGGCAGAGAGGAGGUGCCAUUUCACUGCCGCAGCUUUGCACCAUCUCAGCGCUAUAAGGAUCCAGCGAGCUCUGAGAGGCCACUGGAUUUUAGAGGCUGCGAAGAAACGGCUCCAUUUUGUCGUCACCAUACAGCGAUGGGUUCGAAUGAGGCAGCAGAGGAGACUGUACCUGGAAGAGAGGGCGAAGGUGAUGAUGGUCCAGAGAGCAGUCAGACGCUGGUUAACGCGCCGCCACAAGGCUGCUCGUGUCAUCCAACAGGCUGCCCGCAAGUUCCUUCACAUCAGGCGACAAAAGAGGAUUGAACGUGGAAUUAUUAAAGCUCAGGCUCUGUGGCGCGGACAUCGUGCCCGCCUCCUGAAUGACAAUCCCAAAGUUGUGAAGUUGAGGCAUCACUUGCGUAAAGUUUCUGCUGGAGCUCGUGACGAGGACAAGCUGUGCAACAAGACGUCAGCUGCCCUGAGCUACCUUCUUUGCUACAAACACUUUUCCUACAUUAUAGAAGCUCUUAAAAACCUGGAAACUGCCACCAGGCUCUCUCCAGAGUGCUGUGAGCGACUAGUUGAGAGUGGCGCCACCAACGUCAUCUUCACUCUCAUCCGCUCUUGCAACAGGAGCGGGCCGUCCAUGGAGGUCAUUACCCACUCCAUCCAGGUCCUCCUCAACCUCUCCAAGUACCAUAGGACCAUCCAGGCCGUGUAUUCUGUGGAGAACUCGGUGGAGACACUGCUGGACCUGUUGCAGAGGUAUCGGGAGAAAGCAGGCAAUAAGGUGGCGGAGAAGGGUGGCAGCAUCUUCACAAAGACCUGCUUCCUCCUUGCUCUCCUCCUGCAGGACAAAGAGCGCGCUGAGGAGGUUACAAAUAUGCCCAAGGCGCUGGAUCGGAUUCGAAGCAUUUACCGCCUUACUGUCCGUAAACAAAAGAUGGACACGGAAAGAAGCGUGAUGAUGCAGAAGAUAAACGCGUCCAUCAACGGGAACUUCUCUGUUCACGCCACGUCUCGUAAAUCCCGCCCUGCACCAAAGUUCGCACCAGAGUGGGUCCUCAGAAAGGACAAUAUCAAGGACAUUGUAGAUCCACUCAGGGCCAUUGAGAUGGUGGUGGGUUUUUUGGAAAUUAAAUUGUAAAAGGAGAAGUUUUUACAUUUAUAUUUAUCGUCUUAUAUAUUAUUCCUUUUCAAGGAUUUUUUUUUUUUGUGAUGU